AUGGCCGUCUCCCCCCAACACCAAUCCCUGCUCUCGCUCUCCCUCGCCGCCGCCUCCGUCUCGCCCAUCGAGAUCAAAUCCGCACCACCUCCCCCUUCCUCGCAACUAUACCGCGCCACAUCCGUCUCGUACGACAGCGACGACUCGUCCGUGCACCCCUCCUCCUUCAACGGAGGGCACAAGACGCUCGAGCGCGGCCCGGCGAUCCAGAACGGGCUCAAGACGCGCAGACUGUCGAGCACGUCCCAGGCGCGCCGCCGGUUCGGCGAGGCGCGGGAGGCGGCUGCGAGGCCUGCGCCGUCGUCUGUGAACGGCUCGACGGCGGCUGCCGCUGCUCUCGCGAGUUUAUCGCUCUCGCCUGGCUCGGGAUCGGUGGGACAGGACAGUCCGCUGUCGAGCUCUGUGCCGGAUUCGGAGGUCGUGGGCGAGGAGGGCGGCAAGAAGAAGGGCAAGCGCGGGACGUUGUUCACUUGCGAGUCUUGUUCCAAGGUCUACCGCCACCCGAGCUGCCUGAUCAAGCACCGCUGGGAACACACGCCCCAAUGGCGCGAAGCGUCCAAGCUGAUGCUCUCCAAGCACCAACAAGUCCAGCUCAUGGAAGCAGCCGCCAUCCUCUCCAACCUCUCCCCCGCGUCCACCGGCGGCCAGUCGCUCCCCGACGACCGCUCCCUCUGGCCGUCGUUCCUCUCGGGCGGCGCGUUGCCCGGCGCAAAGCCGAUCCCGGCACCGAGGAGCAGCUCGUACGCCGGUAAGAUGAGUCGGAGCGCCAGCGGCGGAAGUGGGAAUGGGCCGAGGUUGCACGAGUUUGGCGUGGCGAGCGGUGUCACGCGUUUAAGGCCUGGUGUUGUCGCCGUGAGCACGUCGGGCGACAGUAACGGUGUUCCAUCGCGCGUUAUGUCUCCCUACGCAGACGAAGAAGAUUCCACCAUGGCCAUGGACUCUGCACCACGCCGUUCGGCCGAGCCAGUCCCCGUACGCAUUAUGUCGCCCUACGCCGACGAAGUGGAUGUAGACGCAGACGUAUCGCCGAGCGUCGCUGUGCCCGUUCCGUCUGCUACGUCCGGCAGCCACAGGUACCCGCCGCGCUACGGCAGCGCGGGCGACGAGCCGUGGAGCACGUCGCUGGCGAGCAGCAGUAUCGCGAGCAGCUUCGCGCGGCACGCGAGCCACACGCCGAGCUCGCUGGCGUACAGCUUUGCGCGGACGCCGAGCGACGAGGACGGGAUUGGUGAGGAGGGCGAGGGCGAGGAGUACGUUGAUGUUGACGCCGAGAUUGAACAUGUCGGUGGGGGAGGGGCGGUUAAGAAGGAGGAGGAGGAGGAGUGGGACGGGAUGGAUAUGGAGAUGGAGAUGUGA